AUGGAAAAUACAUUACAAACACCACCAACAAUAGAAAAACCAAAAAUCAGAGUUAUAAAAAAAGUAAUUAAAAAAAGACCACCAGCCAACCCAAAUACAAUUACAUCGAAUAAAUCAACAUCAGCAACGGCAACAACAGGUUUAAAAAGUGAUAUAGACAAAUCAAAUGAUAUAGAUAAUUUAAAUAAUAAAAUAACAGGUUUAAAAAUAAAAGAAAGUAACAGUAGCAAUGAUACUAUCGAAAUAAAAAAAGAUGAGCAUGGUAAUAGUGUAAUCAAAAAUAAACCACAAGUAGUCAGUAAAUCUGAAAUUUUAAAAAAAACAAUAAAAGAAAAAGUUUAUUUUGAUAAAUUAACAUUUGAUUCUCAAAUGUUUUUAAUCGAAAAUGAGACCACAGAAGACCAAUUAAAAAAUCAUUAUUAUAAUUAUCUUCAAGACAGCCAUUUUAAAGAUAUUGUUGUUGAGAGAUCGACUUCACUUAAAUGUGGGUAUCCAUGUUGUGGUAAAUCAAUAGAUAGCAAAAAAAUAUUAAAUCAAAAAUACAAAAUUUCCAUUAAAGAACAAAAAGUUUACAAUGUAGAGGAGUUAUCAAUGUUUUGUUCAUCAGAUUGUUUAAUUAAAUCUAAACUUUUUGAAUCAACUUUAGAUUCAACUGCAGUAUAUUUAAGAAAGGUUAAUGGUACAUCAAAACAACCUACUACCCCAUCCAAUAAUGCCGAUGCUAAUAAGAAUAAAGAUGCAGAUAAAGUUUUUAAUUCAUUCGAAAAAUCAUUGAAAAUUACAGAGAAUGAAAAUGCAAGUUUACAACCACCAAGUUCGGUAUUUGCAGAUAAAAAAAAGGAAAUUAAAGAAACUGAAAUAAAAGCAGCACCAUCACCAACAACAACAGCAACAACAACAACAAUUAACCAUAAUAUAACAACAGACACUAAAGUAGAAAAAAAGAAAAUUAAAAUUAUUGAUCCAAAUAAUAUACCACUUGUAAAUAAAAUUAAAGAUACUAGCGAUGAUGAUGGAGAUAGUAGCAUUGAUAAUGAGGAUUUUUCAGAUCAAGACGAAUUUGAAGAAGAAAACCCAGGCGAAAUAGAUUCAGACUCUGAAGAUGAGGAGAACGAUGAGGAUUUAGAAAGUAAAAGUGACAUUACAGCAGAGUCAUCGGAUGACGAGUUUUCAUUAUUUAGACCAAGUUCAUUAAGUACUAAAAAAUAUCAAGAUUUAUAUAAACCUUCAAACUAUCAUUCAAUUUACUCAGCUCUCAGCCAAUUUAUUACCAAGCAUACCAAUAUCUUUAUUAAAACAAAUCAAGUAAAUUAUGAAUAUAUUUUAGAACAAAAUAUGGAUAUUAAAUCAUCAUUACACACUCAACUAAAUUUAAUAUACCCAAGCGUAUUAGAACAAUUAAAUUUCAAACGAACAACAGGAAAAGAUAAAGUUAUUAUGUUACUAGACACAUUCAAAUUUGAUAAACAAAUACCAUCAUUAAAGAGAAAUCAUUGGAAAAUGAUGAUUUUGGUUUUUUUAAAAGUUUUAUCAAAAAAUGAUAAAGAUUUAGAACAAGAUAUUAAAGAUAAAUUUGAAGAAUUUACAAAUUUGGUUAUUGAGUGUGGUUUUGAAUUCGAUACCUUAAAAGUAUUUGAAGAUUUAUUAACUUUUGGUUAUGAAUAA